UUUUAUGACAAAAUUGUCGUAAAUAAUUUUUUUCUCAUUUUUGUUAUUUUAUAUCUAUGACGAUUAUCGAUGACGAUUCAUACUCCAUGAUGAAACACACAUAAGAAACAAUUCUCAACCAAAGUCGUCCAAUCACCCGCCUUCUCCUUUCAAACGUCAAUUCCCUCGGUCAAACUUUUUUUUGCCAACUAUCGAGACCAUUCCCUAAGGCCAUCCUAUUACAGACAUAGCCCGCAGCGUCAUCGAACGGCAGCAAUUAAGAAUUAAAAAAAUAAAGAUCAACCAGACCAAUCUACAUACAUCAGAGUCUCUGCUGAUUUCAACUGUGCAAUUUAAAUAAUCGCUAUCCACGCUCCUGUCUUUUUUAUCAUAUAUCUAGAAAGUCGUUCUAAACGUUUCGUUAUUGAACUGUUUGCACCCACAUGCGAGCGAUGGGAUGUGCUCAUUCUAGCCAUAAUAAAAUACAAAUUAAUUAUCAGUAAACGCAUAGCAUACAAGCAUAUAAGAUUAAUUUAUUGAAUUAAUAACAGAUUUGCCAUGAUCGCUAGAUUAUUGGACACAAUAAUAAGAGGAUAAACCAACUAAUUGGCAAUUUAAUGACUGAGUAAUUUUGUUGAUCGUUGAAGGUCUGUACGGCUGUAGAUCAGGGUGGCUUAUUGACAGUGGUGUUCUGUGAAGCAUACCGAUUGACCGUGGCGGUAGUUCGACCAUGACGAACCAUUCUACAGGAGUAUCAGAGAACUGCGAAUUUGUAAUGCGAUCGUAAAUUAGGUUCAGUGCGAAACGCGCUCUCGAACUCGAAGGAUCCUUCGAGCUUCCUUUGAUCCCCCACCUCGGACGUCAACCGGACGAAAGACGGAAAGAGAGAGGCUUUCCUUGGCUACGAACAACGCAACACCUCGUAGACGCUGUUUUGUCGUCGCUGCUGCUGACUCUAACGCGGGAAACAUCUUCAUCGGCUCCUUCCCCUCGAUGAGCGACGAUCUUGGGGCUCGAGCGUCGAUCGUUUGGAUUACAGUCGCGGACCGGAUCUAACGGAUCUCGGACGACACUGAACGCAACAGAGGACUGGAAAGUCAACGUGAUGAUCAACAGGACGUGCUUGGCGGUCCUCAUUGGGCUGCUGGGUCUUGCUUGUGGCUUGCAAUGCCCGAAACAAAAGCUAUCACCAGGCAGAGAAGUAGUAUGCUACACUUUCGUUUCCGACGUCGAUCAGCUAACAGAGGCUGUGUGCAAAUGCACCUCUUUGGUACAGCAAGGCUACGACGUGCGAAAUCUCUCGGUUUCUGGAUUCGAAGACUUUCAGAAGUCGUUGAAGAAGAUUAUUCCAACACUUCAGUUCGUGGUUUCCGUGGACGAUCCUGGAAAAACACUAAGCACUUCCGGUACAGUUCGUCAGGAGAUCACCGCUCGUUUGAUCGGAGUUUUGAAAGAGGUUGAUGGAGUCGAGUUAAACAUGACUGCGGGAUCAAAGGAACGUUUGGUUCACUUUGUAAAGGGUUUGAAAGACGAAUUGGUGAGAAAAUCAUACGAUAAGAGAAUAUUCCUGGUUCUACCCACAAAAUCAGAGGAAUUGGCUAAACAAUUCGAUCUGAAAGAACUGACUAAAUACGUGGAUCUAUUUACGGUCCCGACGCACUACUUGGUCGAAGAUGACGAGGCCAAUCACACUUUUCAUCCGUCAAGAUUGAUGGGUCUCUUCGACAUGUUUAACGCCGACAGUUUGAUCGACUUAAUCAGCGGUUUGGGCGCGCCCAAGAGAAAAAUUCUGGUGUCAGUACCAGCCACUGCGUACAAGUUUACGCUAAAGGAUCAGGACGAUAAUGCCCCAAGGGCGCCAACUGAGGAGAUGCAACCGGUUACCAUUGAUCAGAAACAGUUAUGCGAUUUGAUGAACAACGGAGAAUGGACGGUGGAAAGGGACGAAGACCUUACUGCUCCUUAUGCUUUCAAAGAUAAAAUGUGGAUUGCUUUCGAAGAUAGAAUAUCUCUAUCUAUAAAAGGAAAGUAUGUACUGCUUCGAGAUCUUCCUGGAUUGGCUGUGCAUAACGUAGACAAUGACUUUAAAACUAAUUGCGGGAUGCCUCUUACACACGAGGUUCAUCGAUCGUUCUCGAAUUUCAAGAGGAAGUCGAGAGCCGCUGUUUUGAACGCUUUGGAAGAUGAUCUACAUCAAAAAGAGCUUGAGUACUCGACUAAAGUCAAGUCAUCCGAUUUUCGAGUUGUUCGCGUAGUAGACACCGAAGGACACAUCAGAGUUGUUCGAGAAAACACGCAAACCGAAUUUACUUGCUCUAGACAAGGAUACUUUGUCCAUCCUAAAAGUUGUAACAGAUUCUAUCGAUGUGUUAAAUUCAACCAAGAAGUGGAAGAUUACUCCGUAUUCGAGUUCGACUGUCCAGCAGGUUUAUCAUUCGACGAGCGUACAGAAGUUUGUGUUUGGCCAGGCUCCAUGCCUGAGGGAUCGCCAUGUCCUGGAAGUAGCGAAAUUGCGCCAGUAACUCGAAUAAGGUUCGAGUGUCCUUCCAAAUCUGGCUACUAUGCGGAUCCCCAAAAUCCCCGUUGGUUCUUCGCCUGCAUCGACCUAGGAGGUCCUGAAAUAAUGGCUUACGAAUUUCGUUGCCCGUUCGGUCUGAUCUUCGACGAGCAAAAAUUAAUUUGCGAGUGGCCUUGGUUGGUAGCAGGCUACUCUGGUACUGGUUAUACAAGAUCUGAAUAUGACGGAGGGUAUUAUGGCACUGGAACUACCGCAGGUACUGGUGGAUACUAUACAGGAGCAUUACCUCAUGGUUACACGGGAACAUCAGGAGGAGGAGGGUAUACUAUCGCUACUGGAUCAGGAUUUUCUGGAGCAGCUGGAGUUGGCCAUGGAUCGUCAUUUGGACAAGGAACAGAAUAUACUGGAAGUGGGAAAGGAAAGGGAUACAGUGGAAGUGGACAAGGAGCAGGAUACACUGGAUCAGGUGUAGCUGGUCAUGGAACUUCAUAUGAUGGUCAAGGAACUGGUGGUUACUCUGGAAGAACUGGAAGUGAAUAUUCCGGAGCAACUGGAGCUGGUCAUGGAACCACAUAUAGUGGUCAAGGUUCUGGUGGUUACUCUGGAACCACUGGAAGUGGAUACUCUGGAACAGGAGGUGCUGGUUAUGGCACUAAAUAUACUGGCCAAGGAUUUGGUGGACAUUCUGGAACAACUGCAAGCGGAUAUUCUGGAACAGUAGGAGCUGGUCAUGGAACCACAUAUAGUGGUCAAGGUUCUGGUGGUUACUCUGGAACCACUGGAAGUGGAUACUCUGGAACAGGAGGUGCUGGUUAUGGCACUAAAUAUACUGGCCAAGGAUUUGGUGGACAUUCUGGAACAACUGCAAGCGGAUAUUCUGGAACAGUAGGAGCUGGCCAUGGAACCACAUAUAGUGAUCAUGGGUCUGGUGGAUACUCUGGAACAACUGGAAGUGGAUACUCUGGAACAGGAGGUGCUGGUUAUGGCAUUAAAUAUACCGGCCAAGGAUUUGAUGGACAUUCUGGAACAACUGCAAGCGGAUAUUCUGGUACAGCUGGAGCUGGUCAUGGAACUACAUAUAGUGGUCAAGGGUCUGAUGGGCAUUCUGAAACAACUGGAGGCGAGUACGCUGAAGCAGCAGGAGCUGACCAUGGAACUUCAUAUACUGGACAAGGAUUUACGGGAACAACUGGAAGUGGGUACUCCGGCGCAGGAGCAACUCAAACAUCUGGUCAUGGAUAUUCAGGAACUGGCACGAGCUAUACUGGAUCGACUGGUAAAGCAGGUUAUGGAGGAUCAACUGGCACAGGAUAUUCAGGAGGAACUGGUACGGGUCAAGUAUCUACUGACACAGGAUUUACUGGUGCAGGAAUCAUUGAACAAGCAGAGAAAAGUGGAACAACUGGUACAGGCUAUACUGGAUCCACGUAUUCUGCUGCUGGAUCUACUGGUGGAGGAUAUUCAGGGACAAAGGGAGGAUCUAUUGGUGGAAGAUAUCCAGGAACAAAAAGUGGUUCUAGUGGUGGAGGAUAUUCAGGCGCAACUGGGGGAACUACUGGAGGAUAUGCAGGGUCCGGUGGUAUUCAUGGUGGAUCUACUGGCGAAGGAUACGCGGGAUCUACUGCUGGCGGAUAUACAGGAGCAGGAACAACUGGUGCUCACGCGGGAUCUACUGCUGGCGGAUAUAUAGUAGCAGGAACAACUGGUGCUCAUGCGGGAUCUACUGGAGGAUAUGCAGGGCCAGGUGGUAUUCAUGGUGGAUCUACUGGCGGAGGAUACACGGGAUCUACUGCUGGCGGAUAUACAGGAGCAGGAACAACUGGUGCUCAUGCGGGAUCUACUGGAGGAUAUGCAGGGCCAGGUGGUAUUCAUGGUGGAUCUACUGGCGGAGGAUACGCGGGAUCUACUGCUGGCGGAUAUACAGGAACAGGAACAACUGGUGCUCAUGCGGGAUCUACUGGAGGAUAUGCAGGGCCAGGUGGUAUUCAUGGCGGAUCUACUGGCGGAGGAUACGCGGGAUCUACUGCUGGCGGAUAUACAGGAGCAGGAACAACUGGUGCUUAUGCGGGAUCUACUGGGGGAUAUGCAGGGCCAGGUGGUAUUCAUGGCGGAUCUACUGGCGGAGGAUACGCGGGAUCUACUGCUGGCGGAUAUACAGGAGCAGGAACAACUGGUACUCAUGCGGGAUCUACUGGAGGAUAUGCAGGGCCAGGUGGUAUUCAUGGUGGAUCUACUGGCGGAGGAUACGCGGGAUCUACUGCUGGCGGAUAUACAGGAGCAGGAACAACUGGUGCUCACGCGGGAUCUACUGGAGGAUAUGUAGGGCCAGGUGGUAUUCAUGGUGGACCUACUGGCGGAGGAUACGCGGGAUCUACUACUGUCGGACAUGCAGGACCAGGGAAAGCUGGUGCUCAUGCAGGACCUAUCGGAGGAUAUAUAGGAACCUCAGGAGGUUACGGUGAAUCUUCAAUACCUGGUCAAACCAUUACAUUUGGUACUGGACAGUCACAAACACCAAUUUAUGUUUCUUCUGGCACAACUGGAGCUGAGUUAGACCAUGGUGUAACCAGUAUAUAUUCACAGACACCUGGGCCUAUUAUUGUGGAGAAACCUGAGAAACCAACCUGUCUCACGAACCUGUGUUAUGGGUCUUCUCAACCAUCAGGUGGUCAGACCCUCGUAACAGACGACUAUGUUUCAAGCCAUGGAGCUAUUUCUGGAACAAAUGUUUACCAAGGUACGACUGGAUUUCCUGGAAGCUUGAAUGUUACUUUUGGAAGCCACGUACCUUCCAUUGGAGGCGUUACGUAUCAUGGAGGCGUCACACCCGCUGGUGGCUAUACAGUGACAGCAGGUACAGGUGCUAUCGUGACAGGACACGGUAUUCAAGGAUCGAUCAUCACUGGAGGCUCCACUCCAGGAACGCUCAUUACCCAUGGAGCUACCCCUGGCGCAAUCUUCACAGGUUCUUCUGACCAAGGCACCAUAAUAAGUGGAGGAAGCCAUCCAGGAUAUACGAAGACUGGUCUAAGUUCACCUGGCUAUGUAAUUAGUGGCGGAGUCAAGACCGUAUUCCCUGGUUCAGGCAGUUCUGGAACGACAGUUUACGGAACACCUUCACCUGGUGUCAUAGUAACUGGAACACCUUCACCUGGUGUCGUUGUAACUGGAACACCCUCACCUGGAACUAUUAUAAAGGGUCAAUCGAGUCCUGGAAUAAUUCUUACAGGACAAACAGUUCCUGGAGUGUCUAUUGGGGGAUCUAUUGUGCCAGGAACAGUCAUUGGAUCAGGUUUUCCAACACAUCCAGGGGCUGUUACUCCAGGAUCUCCAUUUGGAACUAAGAUUGGAACCACACCAUCGACUUAUGUCACCGGCUACAAAACUAACGAAUACCAUGACAACGGAGGACGUGGUACCAUUAGAUUUAACAAUGGCGAUGUGACCACCAAGUACACAGAAAAUGAUAUUCCAGAUUAUAGACCAACUGGUGGCAAUACUUUGCCAGAUACUCUUAUUCCAGGAAGCAAAGGUAUUCCCGGUGUAUCGAUAUCUAGUGGUUUCACUAAGACUGGACCUACCAAGACAGGAUUUACCACUGCUACUUUAGGUGCUGGUGGUAGUUACGUAAUUAGCACUGGAAAAACUAGCCCCCCACCUAAUCCUGACCAUAUUGGCGCCAAAGCUUUCGAAGGCAACGUGGCGGGAUACCCGAAAUCAUCUACCGAGAGCAGUGCCAAGACAUAUUCAGGAACAUUCUCAACUUAUGGUCCAGGCUUCAGUCAGGGACCUUCUAAGGGCACUGGAUAUUCCUAUCCCACACCUAGCAUUCCAUUUGAUACAGGAGUGACGAAGAAUUUGCCUAUUUCUUCGACAGAGAGUGGCAUCUUUAGUGGAACUACUCCAACGCCGUUCUUGAAGGUUGAAGUGCAUAAUACACCAAAAUUCGGUGAGGCCGGAUUCACCAGUUCACCUGCAGUUGUGAAUACGUAUCAGAAACCAAGUGGCUUUACGCGUGCACCAUCUCCAACUGGAACACCCGUGCUUUAUACCACUGGUCCAUUGGAAAAUUACAAGACGACUGUCUUUGAAGCGGCUAAAGUCCCAGUUAAAAUCUCUACUAUUCACCCAGUGAUAGAUACUGGAUAUCAGACUGUGAUAUCGUCGACACCCUUGCCUGUAACUAUAAGUCAAGAUAAAUUUGGCAUUCAGACCAGUCCUCAGUUUAGUUUUGGAACAAAGACUUCUCAACCUGGUAUAUUCGGAGAUCGAGGUCACGUUUCUAGCACGACACCAACGACUAUAUUUAAAAUAUCAUCGAAGUAUCCCUCUGGAGAACCACAAUAUGAUUAUGGACCUACCACUCCAUCAUCUGGUUCUGGAUACUUUACAACUUCGAAGAGCGUGUUUGAACAUGUGACACCGUCUGGAAUCUCAGAGUCGCCGAAACCACAGACUCAGUAUAUACCUGGCGAAUCUAUUUCGCCAGCCAUUGGAGUAACUUACAGAAAACCAUUCCCAUUACCUGGCGUCACCUAUCAACAAGAAUUCACACCAGCAUCUGUCAAAUCGUAUACCACUGCUCCAUCGGGCAUAGGAUCAGGUCCCGGCUACAAAGGAUCGCCUACGAACAUAGCAAUUCCCAGAGAUGAAGUCGGAAAGCUCGUUACAAAUUACAACAGAGGCACUACGAAAUAUGUUCCAAACCAAUACGACGUUUACACAACAGGAUCCGCAGCAGGAGUCGAUUACUACCAGUCCCAGUCGAAGUUCAAACAGGGUUACGAUUCAUCGACACCAUCCUCGGUUCCUAGAACACAGUCUCCUCUCACAGUGACGACUUACUCCGGAGGAUACUCGAAACCAUCUUCAGGUAUCACGUAUCAGACCACUGCCAAGUCUACAGCCGUAGGUAAACCCAAAGUGAUUGUGAAGUGGAGCGAUCUGCACCCUCUUCUCCUUGGAAAAUUAGGAGCAGAGUGUACCUGCAGAGGAGAUCCUUUCGCUAAUCUCAGAGGUCCUGGCUCCAAGUUGAUCAACUCGUCAAAGGGCAAAGUCGACUUGUCUAAUUAUGACGAGUCGGAGAUUUAUGUAGAUCUUGAGAAGGAAGGAUCCUACGAAGAUCAAGAUUACCAAGUGACCAACUACGAAUCGUCUUCGAAACAACCAGUUAAAAUCUAUAAUGAACUUUCGAAAGCUCUAGGAGCUACAAGCAUUCAAGUUCAAGAAAAGCCAUCGUCCACGUACUUACCAAGCGUCACUCCUUCCGUGGGAAUAGGAGGUCGCACUUCGAGCCUUUCAGGUCAUGGAUUAACUGCCAAUUUCAGAUCUGGAAAGAGUCUGAGCAACGUUGGAUCUCCUAUCAACUCGAUUGGAGGUGGUAAAGGUUUAGCUUCCACUGUGGACCAUUCUGUCAUUGGUCCUAUUGAUGGUUCUGUCAAGAGUUCUACUGACGAUUCUGUCGUUAAUCCAAUCGAUCGUUCUGGAGAGUAUGAGGAUAGUGUAUCGGAAGAGAUUAUCGAUGGAGCUACCAAUUGCGCCAGACCAGGUCUGUUCAGACACCCUAAUUUCUGCAACAAGUUCUAUGCCUGCCAUUGGGAUGAGUGGAAGAAGAAGUUCACGCUUCACACGUUCAACUGCCCCGUGCAUUUAACCUUUGACAAUGGCGCGGGUGCUUGCAACUGGCCUAGCAUGGGCCCCGCUUGUCAAGACAAUAACUUGUUAGUUUAGAUGGUUCACUGUUGUUGGGGAGGACUUAUGGAUCUCGCAUACCGCGGUCUUCUCGUGACACCUUCAUUUUUUAAAAAUUGGAGAUGGAAAUUUGAACGCAGAGAGUUCUUAUUAUAAAAGUUACUGAAAAAUAAUUCUAUGAAUUUUGUAAAAUUUUUUAUAUAAUCUUAGAUUAAUUUGCAACGUUUGAAUUUUAUACAAUCUUUAUAUAUUUAUUAGUCUUCUGAUGUAAUUCUAGAUUUCUAUUACGUUUUAUACAACAACCAUUAUUUUAUAAAGCAUCGCAGAUUGCAAUUAUCAGUGUACACACUUUCAGCAUUAUUUGUAGAAUAUUAGUCACACAAAAGUAAUAACACGAAGUUUAAAAAUAUUGUUUUAAUUUUAAACGUUCAAGUUAUGUGGCAAAGCAUACAGAGCAUGUGAGGUAACAUUUAAUUAUAACGUAGUAACGGUAUACGCUCAGUUUCUUUUUAAACUGAAAGACGUGAAACGAGUAUAAGAGAAUGCUUUUCCCGAGGUAACGAGAAUGGAGACAAGGAGGAAGAAAGAUCCAAGGCGAUCGAGGUACCGCGAUGCGAAAGCACACUGUCCAGAGUGAAAGUCAAGCUGCACUCGCCUAUUCGAAUCGCCCGAAAGAAGUCGAUAGUGUGUGCGAUUCCAUGUCCAAGACGAAUUAUUGUAUAUAACGUGCCUUACUCUUCUAAAUUUGUAAAUAACGACGAAUUACCUUUAAAAAGAAGAAGAUAUGGAAAAAGUUUAAAAAGUUACAGAAAAGAAAUUUUAUUUAAAUAUGACGAAAGAAAAAUGUGAAAAUCUCAAACUGACGAAGCAAGAAAUUGGUUCCAAAAAAAUGAUGAAGACAUAUUUUCAAUCAAUUGAUAUUAUCGUUUCUGUUGAUCGUCGUUGACCUGUUGCUUUGAUCGAAUUUUUUUUCUUUUUUUAUAAUUGUGUCAUUGGCGAUUUAUAUUUGUAUAUAUAUAUAUUUUAGAUAUCGAUAACACGAUUUGCAUAAUUGACGUAUCCCUUGAAUUCGUUCACUUUCUUUUCCAGAUUUUUCGUGUUUCCUGUUUAAUACAGGGAAGUUAAUUUUGAAUAUUCUUUGCGCACUACUUAAGCUUGCCUUGAUUCUGUGUUCAUCUCGUUCCUAUCUCUAUUUACAAUCUUUCCUCUUCUUCCCGAUGCAAUUAUUAUUUAUUUGCCGCUUGUUACUAUUGUACUAGAAGUUAAGCGUAUAUUACGACAAAAAUCCUUGAGGCAUCAACGAUCGUUUCUCUGCGUCGAUAAGAAUUUCUUUUUAUUAUCUGUUUUGCACACUUAGGUCGGAGCUUCGAUAAUCGUGCCAUUUUAUCGUGGUUGUCUAAUGUAAUAUUAUGAACUUAGAAUAAAUAUGAUAAUUGUACAAAA